AGGGUGAAGUAGAAGAGCUGCUGAGCCGUGCGAUGGUCAUCAUGUGCAUCGAGUCCGCUGCCACCGCCGCGCUAUCAGUGUGGGAGCAGUGGGUGCAGACCGCGCCGCCUCUUUUAUCUCGCGCAGCUGUAUACUGUGUGCACACGCUGACCGCCUACGAACCGUAUGCGUCGCUCGCUGACGCCUGCGUGCGCGCAUACUUUAGCAGUCCUGAGUGCCCAGGCUGGUCGUCCAUAGCCGUGCUAUGGCGAGGCGGGCACUGGCGCGAUGCAUCCCCGCUGUGCGCCCGCGCACGCCUGCACGCCGCCUACGUCACGCUCGCGGCGCACGACCACGCCCCCAGCGCUAUACGCGCCGCGCUAUUGGCGCUACUUGCUGCUGAAGUAGACUUGUAAGUAACAUGAUAUUACAGGAUAAUGACUCGUGUUAGAA